CGCUGCCCUGAGCACUUCCAGUCACACAAACAAAGAUUGCAGGAGAGGAGCUUUCUACUGUCGCGGCGGAUCAGCGGAGGAGGUCAGUGAGUGAGACAGAGGAGGAGCGGCGGAGAUGGCUCACGCAUUGGCUUCCAUGGCUGGCCUACGUGGCGCCUCCCAAGCAGUACUCGACGGAAGCCUACAUUUAAGCGGUUCGAGCCGGCUGAUGGGAGCAGAAGGUAGCAGCAGGGUGGCCUUAAGCCGGUCGGCAUUUGUUCCGAUCAGGGCUCAGCAGGCUCCACUGGAGUCAGAGGCCACAGCUCAGAGUAGCCGCCGGGCUGUUCUGGGAUUCCUUGCUGCUGGCGUCGCUGCCGGGUCUUUCGUCGAGUCCGUCCUCGCCGAGGCGAAAACCAUCAAAAUUGGACCCCCUCCUCCACCUUCCGGCGGAUUGCCUGGGACCCUAAACUCUGACCAACCAAGAGACCUGAAGUUGCCCUACAAGAACCGGUUCUAUCUCCAGCCACUUUCUCCGGAAGAGGCUGCAAAGAGAGCAAAGGAAUCAGCCAAGGACAUUGUCGGAGUCAAGAGUUUGAUCGAAAAGAAAGCCUGGUUUUAUGUGAAGAAUGACCUCCGGCUCAAGGCCUCAUACCUCCGCUAUGAUCUCGACAGUAUCAUCUCUGCAAAGCCGAAGGACGAGAAGAAGUCCCUCAAAGAACUCACCGGAAAGCUCUUUGCAACAAUUGACCAAUUGGAUCAUGCAGCCAAGAUAAAGAGCACCCCAGAGGCAGAGAAAUACUAUGAGGCGACUGUUGCUGCACUCAAUGAUGUUCUAGCAAAAAUUAGCUAGACCUAUCAACUUUGUUUUUUGUAACACAUUCUGCUAUUUGCCAUCCCAAAAUUCAAAGUUCAUCAUUCAAUUGAAGUGUACCUUUUGGGACUUUCAGUUAGCAAUGAAGAUUAUUCUACAGAUAAA